CCAUUAACAAGUUUUAAUUUUACAUAAACGCGGUUCUCCUAUUGAUAAAAUAUAUGAUGUCCAAAAUUAUUAUACAUCGUACUGUCUGGCCUAAGGCUUUUUUUGUUUUUUAAAAAAUGUUGCUACGAAGCCAGACAUUGCCUUAAGUACUUCGUAAAAGACAGCCCUAAGACAUUUACAGACUUUGUGAGUGGAAGGCUUAAAACUUGAAACGAGAAAGGACAGUGAGAUGUCAUUGUCAUGAACCACAGAACUAUUGAAUAACAAUCUUCUAUGCUGAGAUAGAACAAGAAUGUUGAGAUAUGCCUAUAAAUAACGAAAGAGGGCGCCAACCAAGUUUUUAACGAGGAAAACAGUUGCUGCUGGUUUGUCCCUUCUCUUCUCAAUAAGUUUUCUUGGAACAAUCAUGAUGUGGUUUACCGAAUCCUUUGACAACUUUUUGGUAUCGCAAAUGGUUCUUUCUAACAAUACCCAUAUGUUUAAUAUAUGGAAAAAACCACCAGUAGAUGUGAUUUAUAACGUGUACAUAUUUAACUACACGAAUGUAGAAGAUUUUAGAGAUGGACUUGCAGAGAAGUUGCACCUAGAAGAAGUUGGACCUUAUGCAUAUGAAGAACAUCUCGAAAGGGUUGAUUUGGAAUUUCCCACUCAUAACUCUAUCUCAUAUAAAGAAAAAAGAAAUUUCGUGUUUAAGCCUGAGCUAAGCAAAGGCCGUCAGAACGACCAGCUUAUUGUACCAAAUGUGGCAGUAAUUAAUGCAGCUGCCUUUACUAAGAAACAGAGCUACUUUCAGCGGGUGGUGUUUGCUCAUAUGCUAACAGGAAUGGACGAAAAACCAUUUUUGACAAUAGCUGCAGAUUCCUUUAUAACUGGAUAUACAGAUCGUUUACAGGAUUUAUCUCGAAAAGUUAUGCCUGAUAUUGUGCCAAAAUUGGGUGUAUUGGGUGUAUUGGCUCCCAAAAUCGGUCAAACUCCAUACAGAAUUACUAUCAAUAAUGGAAAGGAUGAUAUUGAUAAUUUGGGGAUAGUAGAAAAAUUUAAUGGAAAAACUGAAUUGGACUAUUUUGCUGGAGGACAGUGCAACAGUAUCAAUUCAACAGACGGCACAAUAUUCCCACCAAGAAAAGUCCAGAAAAAAGAACCUCUCCAUUAUCUCUUACCUGAAGGAUGUCGACGAUUUCCUCUAGUCUUUAACUCAGAAACCACCGUGUUAGACGGUAAAGUCCCAGUGUAUCAAUACGUACACCCAGAAGACUUGUUCGAUUCCGCUGAUGAGAAACCCGAAAACGGAUGUUUCUGUAUGGAUAGCGGUCAAUGUCCUCUGAAAGGUGUUUACAACGCAUCCUCAUGCAACUAUGGUUCUCCAGUGUUCCUGUCUCAUCCUCACUUCCACAGAGCCGAUCCCAAUUUAACAAAAAAUUUUACUGGUCUACACCCCGAAAGAGAUUUUAAAUCUUAUGUCAACCUCCACCCUACCUUUGGAUUCGCUAUUUCUGCAAGAAAAAUGAUGCAGGUUAACAUCCAGGUCCAAAAAGUUCAAGAGAUCUCUCAGGUAGACAUGUUUGAAGAUGGCAUGUUGUUACCCAUCGCUUAUGUGGAAGCGGUGCUAGAUGACAAAAGCAUCCCGCAAGAUAUAGUAGAUAUAAUAUAUCUAGCAUCAUUCACCGUGCCGUCCAUUAAACUUGCUCUACAGUAUGGCUCCCUACUUACAGCCAUCAUCACCAUGAUUUUGCUCAUUCUCAUGCUAAGAAGAAAGAGCUCGUCAAAAGUCCUUCCUGCCAAACUGCUUAGAAGCAAUUAAAAAUUACUAUGAAGCGAGCUAAAUAUUUUCAUUUCUUUCGCCAAAUUUUGUUCAGUAUUUGAACAUAAAUAUUAUUGAGAAAGAUAUAACAGUCUGGGGAACUAAUUAAAAAAAAAUUUUGAGAAAACAUGAGAUGGUGGAGAAUGUUUCGAUGAAUGGAAUCAUGAUAACGUUAAUUUAUAUUUUAGCUUAUAAAAUAAAUAAUUGUUCUUGAAUUCAUUUAUUUAACACUUAUUGUUUAAAUUAUGUCAAAUUUAUAUAUUGCAGCCUUUCUAGUACCAUUUUGAACUAACUAUCUAGAUUUCUUUCACCAGCUAUAUCUAAUAUAGAGGUUAAAAAUUAUGGAAUAAAUUCAUUUUGUCGAGAACGGGCCACUUUGGAGAAAAAUCUCGAGACAGGUUGAUUUUAAUUUUUAAAUUAUGACUUUUUGACAAAUAUGCCAUAUUAGUGACGUUAUUCAUUUGGGCGUGAGAACGUAACCAAUGAUUUUUUAAUGGGAAUAGGGGUCGUGCAGUAGCUCAUUUGAAUCGGUAUUUAAGUUUCUAUUAAGUAAUAUAAACAUUAAAAGGAAACAGUAGCGAUCAACAGGUAGCGAAAUCGCGUUCCAAGAUUGCGGCUGUAAUUUUAAAUAUUUUUUCGAGAUAUUUGGCACACAUAUUCGUAAUAUAAUAAAGAAUGGCGGUACAGAGCCCGAUUUGAAAAAUAUAUUAAUAUGUGAAAAUUACUCUGUAAUUAAAUACAAUAUUAAAAAAACGAGCCUCUACCGCCAUUAAGAAGAACAAAAAAAUACACUUUCUUCAAAUAAACUUUUUUAUCCGAUGCCUAGAUUUUGUGUCAUUUUGGAACUACUAAUGAAAUAAAAAAAUUUAGUAGUUCCAAAAUGACACAAAAUCUAGGCAUACGAUAAAAAAGUUUAUUUGAAGAAAGUGUAUUUUUUGUUCUUCUUAAUGGCGGUACCGGCUCGUUUUUUUAAUAUUGUAUUUAAUUACGGAGUCACAUCCACAUAUUAAUAUAUUUUUCAAAUUGGGCUCUGUACCGCCAUUCUUUAUUAUAUUACGAAUAAGUAUGCCAAAUAUCUCGAAAAAAUAUUCAAAAUUACAGCCGCAAUCUUGGAACGCGUUUUUGCUACCUAUUGAUCGCUACUGUUUCCUAUUAACAUCAUUAUUUAUACAGCGCGUAUUUUUGAAUUAAAUUAAUUCACGCAAGAAGAAGGACGUAAUGUAAUUUAUUUAACUCAAAAUACAUUUUACUGCUGUCAGAAAAUAAAAAAUUUGUUUAUUUAAUAAAUAAACAUUGAUUUUCGUUUGAAUUAAUGCCAAACAGCCAACCACAUGCCUCGUUGACAGUUUGAACGUUUAAUUUAAGCGAGAAACAAUGUUUAUUUGUGAAAUAAACAUUUGUUUCUAUUUUCUGAGAGCAGUAAAGUGGAUUUUGAGAUAAAUAAAUUACAUAGGGGAAAGGCGGGCAAAACGGGGUAGCUGCCUAAAACGGGGUACCCCCUUUUUUUCAAUAUCACUCGCUCGAUAUCUACGACGUUAAUGAAAUUAUAUUAUAGACGCCUGUUUACGCCUUCUGUCAUAUAGCAGAUAUAAUUAACUGUUAGUCGAUUGUUGUAAACAGUACAUGUGCGUUUUUAGUUAACCAAGUUAUAAUAACGGCCGAAAAAUAAUCCAUCGUUAUUAUUACUAAAACAAUUUAUUAUUUAAUAUUAUUACUUCUAAUUAACAGUGAAUGUGUUCUAGAGUAUUCGUUUGUCAUUAUGUUAAAAAAUAAAAACUUGUAAUAAUUUAAACAGGUCCGAAUCUCAAAAUCUGCUCUUUGGGCAAAACGGGGUACCAAUAGGUAGGGUAAAAUGGGGUACUCUUUUUACCAUACCUAUUGGCAGUCUUUACCCUUUUUACCAUACCAAGUAAGAUAGCCGAUGAUCAAACCAAAUCACAGACGAGUAAGAAAUCGCAAUUGAAUAAAACUAAAAAAGUAGAGUCAGAUUCAGAAGGCGAAGAGAGUGACUGACUGGUUCUGCGGAAACUUUUAUUUAAGUUCCACAGAAGGAUGGAUAAGCUGAUCCAGUUGCCUUAAAUGGGCUAAAAAUUAAUGUGCAGGUGUAGAAGAUGAGGAUGACGAAGCAGUACUUGUAUGCGAAUUUUGUCAAUAACUUUUUCUUGGUUUUAAUUUGGUACCCCAUUUUACCCUAUAUGACGGGCAUAAUGGGGUACUUUACAUUAUUUUUUGUUUUUUUAUAUGAUAAGAAAAUAUUUUACUUUUUUUAACUUUAAGUUAUAUUAAUCAAUAGUUACUACUAUAACAAUGGUAUUUGGCUUAUUUCCAGACCUUAAAAGUUACAGAUGUGUUUUAAAUCCUAAUUUAAACCUUAAGUACCCCAUUUUGCCCGGGUUUCCCCUACAUUCUUUUUUUUGCGUCAGUUAGUUGAAUUAAAAAAAAUUGGCCACUCUGUAUAAAUAAUGAUGUUAAUCUUUAUUUUACUGCUAUAUAAUCGAACAAACCUUUCAAAUGAGCUACGAUACGACCUCUAUUCCCAUUAAAAAAAAUCGUGAAUUACACUAUCACGCCCAAAUGGAUGACGUCAGUAUUAUGGCAUAUAUGUCAAAAAAUUAUAAUUUAAAAAUAAAAAUCGACCUGUCUGGGGAUUUCAAGUCGCCUAUUCUCGAAAAAAUGAAUUUAUUCCAUAAUUUUAAACCUCUCCGUAUUUAUUGUCCAAUUAUAAUUAGCAAAACAGGUGAUUUUCCAUAAACUCUCUUAAAACUGUCAAUACAGUUUAUAAACUAUAAGAAAUUAUCUUUUAGUUUUACUAACGUCAUAACACAAGGAUAUAAAAAUAAUUAAAAAAUGUCGAAAUAAUAAAAACGAUCGGUAUUCCGCGUACAAAAUACAAAAAUACCAAAAUUCCAAUCAAAACCUUGGUGUUAGCAAAUAAGAAAAUAGAAUUUCAAAGUUCAAAAUCGGUAUACGUUAAUAAAAUGUAUUUUCUCGCCUUUCAAUAAUAUUCGUUAAUAAAAAUUGUUAAUUUGAUUAAAAAAAUUGUUUAAAUAAUUAUUAUACAGCAUUUAUAUGAGAAUAUUUGUAUUUUGAACAUUAAAGGGUACAAGUAUG